AUGGCGACAAACAAAGCAUACAUCGAAGUCCUCGUUUCGAUCGCCGCUGUGAUUGACAAGCAUAUGCGUAGCCCAACAAUGCUCCAGGACGAUCUCGAGACUGCUUCCAAGUCAUCGUCGCGUAUGACUGAUAAAGAAAAGCUAUUGAACGCGGUCGCCAACCUUUUACCCCGACACCCCAAAGAGCGCAUCGCUCUGGCGGUGCGAACCGACAGAACUCAAAUCUUCAUCACGAGCUCCGAUGAUACUUGCAACCUGCUCGAACUAAGCCCCUACCUAUCGGGACUCUGGGUAAUCCUCAGAGACGUCGCCCAGUUCCACCAUGCGUUCUUUCUCUACCUUCGGGAGCGGAAACGACGACUCGACAAUGCUGGCGAUACCGAGAGCAAGGUCGUUGACGAGAAGAACGACGAAAGGGUCGCACAAUUUGCGAAGGAAGGGCGCGAUCUCUAUGGAAAGCUUGGAGAGUUGGUGUAUGCCCGGUGCCGAGGAAGAAUGGAUCAUGAGAUAAAGCGUCGGUGGAAAGACUUUCAGAACUGCCUCUCUUUCUUGAGGAAGGCAUCUGAUAUGGAGACGGAAGCUCAAUCGACAGUCAUAGGGAUCGCCGACGAGCUCGAGAGACAUGUAUGGGCCAUACUAGACGGCAAGAUCAUUCAAGGCCCCUCUGGACGUCCUCUUGGGUUGUAUACCUUGGUCGCUCAGCUUUAUCUCAUGCAAAAGAAGGCAGAGUUCAAGCAACACGUCACACCUUUGUCGGUCCAGUAUCGGAACGGUGAGAAGCUUGUUCCGCCUACAACUUCUUGGUCUGACAAUCAAUCCGUACAACUCCCAGAAUCAGGCUUUGAUUUGUGCGUUUACCUCAACAGGGUCGGCGCCAUUAAUUCUUCGCUCGAAGUAGCGUGCAUCUCGAGCAAGCACUCCGACAUUCGCAACCUCUUCUCGCGUGAAUUCACUGUUACUGUAACUCCUCCGCGCUACCAGACUCCAGCUUCCCUGCCAACCACAUCAGCAGAAUGGACCGCAUUUCUAGAGCGAUACGCAGAUCGCGAAUACAUACGGUUUUUGCACCCCGAAGAAAUUGUGCGCCUACUCCUGGAAGCGUAUCCUCCUGCCACUAGCCCCGUCUCUGCCCCAGCUCGCUGCCACAGCGAGCUCGAACUCUUUGCAUAUCUUUACGACAAAGGAAUAGCCCAAGAAAUGGCAAAACCUCCUGACGGAGGGGAAAAAGAAGACCUGUAUAUCGCGACCAGCCACCGGCCCUGCUUCGCGUGCAUAUGGUAUUUCGCUGUCGUGCGAUGGGACCUCCGCAAGUAUCGCCUUCCAGAGCUCGACACGCGAUACGACUUCAACAGGUCUACCUUUCCGUGGCAGAUUCCCGAAGGCAAGCUGGAAAGCGAGCGUAACGUGAAGUACUUAUUCAAGGGGGACCUAACUGGGCGCCUCAGUUCUCGCUUCACGGAGUAUGGGAUUGCUGUACCUGUGCUAAAAAACCAUAUUAGGACCACCACGUUCAAGAGCGCGUAUUACGAUCACACAUGUGAACUAUGUUCGUCUUCGGAACAUCAAUAA